AUGCAAGCCUCUAGCCAGCCCAGUGGCGUCGAAUGGAUCGUCGACGGCGAGGAGACGGCCUUAUUGUCCCAUCACUACCAGAUCUGCGACGUGCUAGAGAAGGGGCCAAUAUGCACGUUGUAUCGCGCGACACAACGAAUAACAUCAAAGACCUUCACCAUCAAGUCGCUGGACCUGCGACGGUAUACGGCCGCUUCUGGGUUGACGGUGGAUGGUAAGUUAAUUUUUUUUAGAGUGAAUUUUAAAUUUUAAAAUUAAAAAAAAAAUUUUUACGUUUUCUUACUACAACUAUCGUAUGUUACAGUAGUCGAGAAAGAAGUGGAGAUAUGUGCCUCCCUGAAGCACCACUACUUCUGCCAACUUCGCGACGUGAUCUCAGGUCCCAACGCCUUCCAUAUGAUCUUCGAGCAUGUGGAAGGUGCAGAUAUAUGCUUUGAAAUCGUUAAACGGGCAUCGGCGGGCUUUAUUUAUAGUGAAACUGUAGCAAGGUAAGUGAUUAUAUUACUAUGGAUUAUGUUUUUAGUCAUUACAUCAAACAACUCAGCGAAGCGCUUCAUUACAUGCAUUCUCAACUCAUCGUACACAGAGAUAUACGACCUCACAACAUCCUACUCGCAAAGUAAGAGUUAGUUUGAGGUUCUGCAAUAUGUUAUGGUUUAUUUUAGGCAAUGUUAAUAUCUUAUUUGGCUAUUGUUAAUGGUUUUUUGUUUUGGAAAGGCCGUUUUUACAAUUUUUUUGUUAAAAAAUGUGUUAAAAAUGGCUAAAGUAAUAUAAAUAGGACAUUUGGGAUAUUUUAUAAUAAAAACUUAAAUUAUCAUGAAUAAUAUCAUUUAAAACUUAUAUAAAUGCUUUUUCAGUAAAGAAAACAACGCUCCAUUGAAGCUACGAGGCUUUGGAAUCGCCUACAAAUUGGCUGAUCCUGAAGACAAAUGCCCUCCGGGCCAAAUUGGCAUUCCUCAGUUUAUGGCUCCAGAAGUCGUCGACAACAAACCGUAUGGUCGAGAAGCAGACAUGUGGAGUUUGGGUAUAUUAAUAUGUGUUCUAUUGAGUGGUCGAUUACCGUUCACUGGGCCUAAAGAUCAACUGUUCGACCGGAUUAAGAUCGCCGACUUUUCGGUAAGAUAAUAUUGAUUUUUUGAAGUUAUUAUAUUGUUUAUGGUUACUUUUUUUGAUUUUUUUAAAUGUAUCUCAUUGCUCUUUUAAUUUUUUUUUAUGUAAAAGAGGUAAUGAAGAUACUUUUUUUUAUAAAAUUCUAAGACUUAACGAUAUUAACAUAGGUUUUUUAGCUAAAAUCAGGUUCCUGGAAGAAGAUCAGCGAUCCGGCCAAAGACCUGGUGAAGGGCCUUCUGACAGUCGAUCCUCGCAAGCGUCUCACGGCCGACGAGGUCCUGCAGCACGCGUGGAUCCAGGACCGCUCGAUCCCACCUCGAGUCCACUUGGGCGAGACCGUGGAGAGUAUUCGCAAGUACAAUCAUCGACGGAAACUCAAGGUAGGUAAACAAUGGCCCGGAGGGAUGGCGGCUUCGUUCUUCUUUUUUAUAGCGACGAGGAGGACUUAAUCCGAUUUUGAAAAUGCCGUUUGAAUGAAAGAAAAAAGCCUCCAGGGGCCACGGAGGCUUUGAAUCUCCGAUUUGCGAAUCCACAAAGUCGUCCGAGUUUCCGAGACUUUACUUUAAUAUCAUCAGGCAUUUACUUUCGUAUCAACAAGGUCUUCUGCGUCACAACGUGGCCUCGAAACUUAAUUUUGUUGUUUUUGGCUUUGAAGCAAUUUCGAACUGUUUAUUUUUAGAUUUUAAAAGUUUUGGGGGAUCACAAAAGUGUAUUUUACAGUUUGAAUGUUACGGAGUAAUAUUUUAUUUUAUUUUACAAAGUAAUACUGUAUCUAUUUUCAGAGUAAUAUCAUUGCGGCGGUGAAUAACCCAAAAUGGAAUCGGUUCCCCGUGCAUUCCUUUCUCAGCGCCGAUUCCAUGCCCGGAGGCGAUGUUUGUGAUUCCGAUUGUACGCGACGAGGCCCCGAUGAACAUACGGGAAGCGACAUGGCCGGCGUCGAAAAGGUGAGUCGUUAUAGCCAUAAUAUGACAAAAAGAUCAUAUUUUUUGAAAUUUUACAGUUUAAAUAUUGAUAAGAAGUGUCAUUUUGUACUGACAUGAUAGUACGGUACUGUUGCUAAAUUUGCUUGUGAUCGGAAUACAAAAAACCUUUAAAAGCCCGAUACGAUGACUGUAUAAUCAAUAUAUGUUAAUUCAUUCAGAUACUGAUGUCUCUGGACAAAAUGACAGUCCUCACCGACCAGUCUCUGGACACGUGUACGUCGAUCGAAGAACAACAACUGCGACAUGCCAUGAACGACACCGAGCUUCAUGAAAUCUUGAAUGUAAGUUGAUUUACAUAGAGUUACAGGUAAUUACAAAGUAAUGUUAAGUAAUUGCUGAGUAAUAUCUUCUUGCAUUGUCUUGUUAUUAAUGCUGGUUCUUAUUAUAUUAAGGUUUACUAGGAAAAGUCAAAGCCUUUUUCAAAAAUUACAGUAGCAUUUUGAUGUUAUUGUAUCUCGUACGUGUUACGUUUGUCGUAUUUUACAUUUUCUAGAAUUUCAUUUUUUUGUGUAUUUUUGUUCUUUAACCAUCGCUGACAUCCGAAACAAAACUGAUGGAAAAAGUUGGAAAUUGAAUUUCCGUUUUGAGUUUUUCCAAGCUUCAAUUUGAAGUUGCAUCUACCUCAACAUACCACAAGUUGUUUCCAAGCCAUAGAAGUUUAUAACUCUGUUUUGGUCACUGUGUUGAUCGAGGUGGAUUAGUAGCUUAAUAAUUGAUCUAAGUUUUGUGUACUAUAUGAUACUGUUUUUGAUUGAAAAGUAUCCAGAAUAUUGGUCUUUCUUCUAGGUUGGCUCUUUUUUCAUUUUCAACUUGUUUUUCUUUACUUUCUGACCAAAGUACGUGAACUUUUGAGAGGUCAAACCUCGACCUAACCUCUAUAAUUAGUUCUCUUUCACGCAACUUUGUCCACAUUAGUCCCCCCCCCCCCUAGAAUUGCCGUGAAAGGAAACGCAGCGACUCAAACGUCCGGUGAUGGAAUUGAUUUGAAACAGUGCCCGAGGCACCUUGCACAGUCAGCUGUUGUGUUGGCCAGGAAAAGGAAAGACCCGUUUAGCCUUUCUUUUUCUUCUUGGCCCUUUCUUCUUUCUUGGGCCGGCCACUCUCGAGGAGGCUUUUUCUUGGUCGAGAGUCGGCUGUGCACGUCUUCUCCGUUUAUGGCUACGCUCAUGACAUGUCCGUCGACGCCCAUUUCCGUCCACUCCACCAUUCCGUCACCGAGAUUACCAUCGACUUUGAGGUAAUGGUGGUAUCUUUGCGAUUUCUUGGUUUCGGGCCGAGAUUUAUGCAAAUUUAAGGGGGUUUUGAGGAAAUCUUAAGAUUUUUGAGACAUUUUUUUCAUUUUUGGUCCUUCUGUCAGCUCUUUUUAUGAAAAAGAUGACACUUUUUAUAAACAACAUCCACAUUGUUAUCCCUUUAAACCUUCUUCAUAGUAAAAGUCUUCAAAGUAAGUCAAUACUAGGUUAAUAUACGUUUUGAUUACCAAUAUUAUAGUCCUUUUUCGCUGAAAUUAUGUCUCUCCUUUCGCCGUCUUGCAACAUGAUAUCACUCAGAAAGGUGGCAAAGUAUGUGAAGUGAGAACAGAAAAAGUUUUGCCAAAAAACACUUAAGGAAAACACUUGUUUGUACUUUAGAAUAAAAAACAAAAGUAAGUGCUCAGAGGGUUUGUCACUAAUUAACGUCAAUCUUUUUGUUAUCCACCAUCUUCAUGAUUUACAUUGGCAAUUUUCAUUUUUUCUUCUAUUAUAUUUUUAGCUUUUUUAUGUUUUGAGCACCGCAAUUUAAGUUAGUACUGAAAGCUUUAACUUAGUACUGCUUUAGUACUCAAAUUUUUAACACCGUACAGUCUUAGUACUAAAAGAUUUUAACUGAGUAUUGUUUUAGUACUAAACUUUUCAUUUAUAAGGUUGUUCAUAUAAUUUUGAGCCUUCGAAACACGAACAUUUGCUUUGCAAAGGGGCUCAGAAUUAUUUGAACAAACUAGUAUUAUAUUAUUUUUUUCUAGAAAAUGUAAAAAAAUUCAAAAAAAUUAAUUUUCGGAUAGAAAAUUGGCAAAAAAUCAGAAGAUGGCUAGCUAGUUCUAUUCCGCAGACUUUUUGACCAAGGUUAUGUUAAUCAGCAAUGCUAUUUUAGCUCCAGCUUUGUUUAACAAGGUAAACUUUUGAUUAUUUUUCUAAUUUUGGUUUUUCGAAAUUUUUUUUAUUUUCAAAAUUGUGGCAUUAGGGCAAUUAAAAAAGUUUAAAAUUUGAUUUUUUGAAGUUUAAAAAAAAUGAAUUUUAGCAAUUUUUAAAUUUUUUUUUAUUUUUUGCCAUUUUUUUAAUUUUGUGAUCUUUUUUUCUCUGAAUUUCCGCCAUUUUUCAAGAAGAAUGUUGGGUUCCCCAAAACCUUUGACUCUUAUGUAACCAAAUUAUAAUCUGUCUCAUUUCCGCCAUAAAUCUCCGGGAUAAUGACAGGAGUCGAACAGAGAGGAAUAUAAACAAACGCCUCCCCCAUUCUUAGAUUAAUCAAAUAUUUUUUCGGUAUCAGUUGUCCUCAAAAAAAGUUUGCAAAGCCGAGAUUAAUCAAAGCGCGACAUUUUUUGGGAUUUGUCGCUUCCCUUCCGGUUUUUGUCGCUUCCGGCCGCAGUUUUGACGGCCCAACCCAUCAGCUCAUCGAUCAUGCACUUCAGCCCCAAUUUAUGUUAUCCACGGCCAUUCGGCUUUUGGGUCUGAUUGUUAUUGUCUUGGCUUCACUUUUAUUACUAACUUUGACACUUAUUCCUUAACGAUAAUCGGCUCUAUAUUGACGUUGGAGUUAGAUAUAUAUUGACAUUGGGUGGUUUUGGGAGCAUAUGAUGUGUUUUGAUGAGAAUCACGUGGGUUUGGUGCUAUAACGAUAUUGGUAUUGACAAGAAAAGGUCAUGAUAUUGAAAGCUUGACUUGGUGACGUCAGUUCUACCUGAAAAAAAUGGCCAAAAAGCUACUGGAAUCGACAAAAUUUGAUUAAAUUCUACAGUAAUCGAUAACAUUCUACAAAAGAGGGUACAGUUUUUAUUAUCAACAUAGUAAUAUAUUACCCUUCUACCAUCCUUUUAACAGUACUUACCACAUCAUUUCCAAAAUGGACUCCAACGUGUACCAGUACCUCUUGAUGACCAUGCUGUGUGGCUCCUUCUUCAUCUUCUUUACUUGCGUUUGUUGUCUAGGGGUAUGUGAUGAUCUCGACUGUCGUAUACCACUAAUACCCAUACCCAAAAGAAAGUCGAAAAGACCGAAAUCAACCCAAUAUUCGCGACAAAUCCAUCGCCUCAUCAACAACUUUGUUACAGUACCUACAAAGUCGGGCGAAGCUAUUGUAACUACUGAAAUCGAUACUACUGUCACGAAAACUGUCAUUAAUAAUGACAGAAGUGAACAUAAUAAAGAUAAACAUGAUGUGAUGAAUAUACGACAAGAUACCAUAGAAACAACAGUUAACACCGCGAGUGAUACGACUUCGAAUGUGGUAAACUUUGAAGAUAUCACAGUGAUUGUUGAGGAUACAGAAGCCGGCAGGUUGACGAUUAUUGAAGAAGAUACAGUGAAGACUAUAAGUAUACAGUAUAACGAUGAGAAAGAGCACAUCCGAGAUUGUAGAGAAGGAGAUGUCAUUGUAUCUCCACCUUCACUUUUACCGAGUUCAGAUGAAGAUGAGCAGUGUAAAAGUCUAGAGGAAGAUGUUGAGAAAGAACAUGACAUAUGGCCAAAGCUAGAGUUACAACAAAAGAACAUACCGCUUUCUACAUUGUCUCUUACAUCACGUAUCGUCUUUUACACUUUUACCUUAUUUUUAAAAUUGACUUUUUAUGUAAAUCCCUAACAAGAUAUACAAAGAAUAAUUAAAUACUUUCUUUAAGAUUACUGUUACGUCUAAUAUAAUCUUUUUCAGUUGUAUGACCGAAUACGAAACCGCGGAAUUCGACCAGAACCAAUCAACCACAACCUCACCCAACACCUCAAUGACAUCAAGAACGAGAUCAACGGCCUUCUCAAUCCAUCGCCUGAGGCAUCCGAACUGGCUCAGCUCUUGUCCAACUCCAGCUUUCAAGUAGGUCACUAUUACUUCUAUGAAUAAUAUGUUCGGGGAGAGAAUGCCGUUACUUUUUAAAGCUUUUUACAUUACUAUCACAAAUUUAAAGCCUUUUACAUCAAUUAUCACAGAUAAUUACAUUACUUGCAUACAAAUUACACUUUCAGGCUAUCGUACAAUCCCACGACAUCGCGGUGGAAGAAGUAUUCGCCUCGGUACCCAUGGACUGUAGCCUGAUUCAGUCAACGUCGACCAAAACAGCUAAUGUUGCUGCCACACCAAAUGAACAACAUAUCUCAACACUUUCAUAUCAAGUAGGUUAUUGGGAAGCACUGUGUAGUAUCUCAAGUUUUAAAAAUCAUUUUAUAGUACACAUAGAGUAAGUGUAUUAUAACAUUACCAGUCUUUGAGUAGUACAAUACUAUAUAAUAAUAUCAUUGUUACCCAUAAAUGUUUCCACAAGACAUUACAUAUAAUCUACUCUUUUAGACGGGUAAUUCUCUUUCGGGCCAACUCUCAAACGGUCAUUUGGUGCAGAUGUGUUCUCAGAUGCAGAUCGACUCGGCUCCAACAGCUACAUGUCCUCCAACCAAACUGCCAGAUCCCCUCCCAGGCCCAAGUUCAUCCACCUCUACGGUCAGUAUGCAUCGUGGACUAGCCAUCGAUCAGCAGGAACCGACCACUUCGAAAGCCGACCCAAGCCAAGCCUUCUACGACGACGACGAUGAUGAUCUGAUUCUGAAUGCUGUCAGUCGUGUUAGGUUGGUACAGUUCCAGAAGGACACGGAAGAACCGAUGGGAAUCACGCUGAAGAUCACGGAGGACGGACGAUGUCUUGUAGCCAGAAUUAUGCACGGUGGCAUGAUCCAUCGUCAAGGCACGCUACACGUGUUUGACGAGAUUCGAGAGAUCAAUGGUAUUCCUGUAGCCAAUCAGAGCGUCGACACGCUACAACAGAUGCUACGGGAUGCGAGAGGACACGUUACUUUCAAAAUUGUUCCAUCGUACCGUUCCGCACCUCCAGCGUGUGAAAUCUACGUCAGGGCUCAGUUCGACUACGAUCCAACUCAAGAUGACCUAAUACCGUGCUCAGAAGCCGGGGUACCCUUCAAAACAGGAGAUAUUCUACAAGUCAUAUCCAAGGACGACCACAACUGGUGGCAAGCUCGCUUCGUCCAUGCUUUUCCUGGUCUAGGAUCAGUGCAGUCGCAGCUACAGUCUACACAAGCUUCAACAUCGACCAUCGGGAACCACAUCUCACGAUCUCCACAGAGCCCUACAUCGUCAGCUCCAGUAGCCGGGCUGAUUCCAUCGCCCGAACUUCAGGAAUGGAGAACGGCGUGUUUGGCGAUGGAACGUGCCAAAGACAACCAUACGUGCAUGUGGUUCAACAAGAAGAAGAAGUACUACACGACCAAGUAUCUGCGGAAGCACUCUGAUCUCUUCGAACAGGUCGAUCUGGUGACAUACGAAGAGGUGGUACGCCUAUCUACGUUCAGACGGAAGACUCUGGUUCUGUUGGGCGCGCACGGUGUGGGACGACGGCACAUUAAGAACACGUUGAUUCACAGACAUCCAAACAGAUUUGCCUAUCCCAUUCCACAUACGACACGACCGCCGCGGAAGGAUGAGGUCGACGGUAAACAUUAUUACUUUGUGUCCAACGAUGCCAUGCUAUCAGAUAUCGCUGCCAACGAGUACUUGGAGUAUGGUACACAUGAAGAGUGCAUGUAUGGUACUAAACUGGAGACCAUCAGGAACAUCCAUAGGACGGGGAAAAUGGCCAUAUUGGAUGUCGAACCACAGGUACGGUAUAUAUUGUCUUUGAUUUAACGCAAAGUAUUGCAUAUUUUACAUUUUAUCAUUCAUUAACUUGCGUGUGUAUCUGUGUUACCUAAAAUAAUAUUGACAGAGCUGGCACAAGCUGAAAAUGCUAUCAGUAGCCUAAUUGUCAUCAUAUUGAUCAUUCCUCGAAACCCAUAAAACCGAAUUCUUUUAGGCCCUCAAGACCUUGCGAACAGCUGAGUACGCCCCAUUCGUUGUAUUUAUAGGAGCACCUGAUCUUCAUGGUCUUCAAGAUGUAAGUAGUCAUCAUAAAAAACCAUAAAAGCUUCAUAACAAAGCCAGUCAAUAACAUUAAAUUUCGUAUUUUUACAUAGUAAAACUUUAUAACUCAUCAAAUAAGUUAUGUUCUUGUUGAUAAUGAUGCCUACUACUUCUAAUUUUAAACUAAAUAUGAACUUUUACAUUUAGAAAAGUACGUUUUGGUAAAAUAAUACUUAAAAAUCAAAAAUGUUAGUUAUUAGUUGAAAUAUCAACCUAAUUUACCGUAUUUUAGCCCGAUGGAAGCCUAGAACGGCUAGUCAAAGAAUCCGAGAUUUUGCGACAAGCCUUUGGACAUUUGUUCGACUAUGUCAUUUGUAAUAACGACAUCGACGACACCAUCCGUCAGCUAGAACUUGUCGUCGAAAAAUUGAGUGCCAUUCCCCAAUGGGUUCCUAUCUCAUGGGUCUAUUGA